CUGUUGAAUAACCCUCUUUUCUGUUCUGUUCAAUCACACUUCUUCAUGAAUCAUGACCCCAUUAAUCAAGCGUUUGAUAGUGAGAGAAUUUGAUCCUAAGAAGGAUAGAACAGGAGUUGAAGAAAUCGAAAGGAGAUGUUCGGUCGGAAAACUCUCUAUUCUUACUGAUCUUAUGGGAGACCCUAUUUGCAGAAUCCGUCAUUCCCCUGCCUUCCUCAUGCUGGUUGCAGAAAUGGAGAUAUGUAAAAGAAAAGAGAGUGAAGAAGACGAAAACUAUGAGAAAGAAAUAGUAGGAAUGAUAAGAGGAAGCAUAAAAACAGUUACACGAGGAAAGAAACCUCAAUAUACAAAACUCGCUUCUAUUUUAGGACUCCGUGUCUCUCCUUCUCACCGGCGAAUGAGGAUUGGAUUGAAAUUGGUGGAGAAAAUUGAAGAAUGGUUUAGAGAAAAUGGCGCAGAGUAUUCUUACAUCGCCACUGAAAUUGACAAUCAUCCAUCUGUAAAGCUUUUUACAGAGAAAUGCAAUUACUCCAAGUUCCGUACGCCUUCCAUUCUCGUACAACCCGUUUUCGCCCACUCAGCCCGGAUUAGUAAUCGGAUCACAAUAAUCAAAAUCGGACCUUCCGACGCGGAAUCACUCUACCGCCGUCGAUUCUCCACCACCGAGUUCUUCCCUAAAGAUAUCGACGCCGUUCUCAAUAACAAACAGAGUUUGGGCACUUUCGUGGCGGUUCCUAGAGGCGGGUCAUGGCCCGGGUCGGAUCAUUUCCUUGAUAACCCGCCGGAAUCAUGGGCGGUGAUGAGUAUAUGGAACUGUCAGUUUCAGCUUGAGGUUCACGGUGUUUCUCGGGUUAAUAAAGGGCUUGUUCGGAUGACCCGUAUUGUUGAUCGGGUAUUUCCUUGGCUUCGGGUCCCGUCUGUACCGGAAUUAUUCAAACCGUUUGGGGUUCAUUUUUUGUAUGGGAUUGGAGGAGAAGGGCCGUUGGCGGUUAAAUUUGUGAAGGGUUUGUGUGGUUUAGCUCAUAAUUUGGCGAUGAAUAGAGGCGGCGGCGGUGGGGUGGUGGUGACGGAGGUGGCGGCGUGUGAGCCGUUAAAGAAGGGGAUACCGCAUUGGAAGAGGCUAUCAUGCGCGGAGGAUUUGUGGUGUCUAAAGAGGUUAGAGAAAGAUAACGGUGACGGUGCUGUUGUUGGUGACUGGACUAUAUCGCCACCUGGCAUGUCUAUUUUUGUGGACCCUAGAGAGGUCUAAUAUGUGAAGAUAUUGGAAUUUUGCCACUUUUUUUUUUUUUUUUUAAUUUUUAUUUUCCAUCUUUCUGCAUAGACUAGAAAAUGUUGUUAUGGCCAUCUUUGUACAGGAAGAACCACUUUUUUUCUCU